CCGCUGCCCGCACCCAUGGCGCCCGCCGCCGUCUGGGCCGCGCUGGCCGUCGGACUGCAGCUCUGGGCCGCAGGGCGCGCCGUGCAGGCCCAGAUGGCUUUUACCCACUCUGUCCUGGAGGCCAGCGGCUCGUGCCAGCUGAGAGAAUUCUACGACAAGAGGACCCAGAGGCGUUGCAGCCAGUGUCCACCUGGCUGCCGCGCAAAAACUUCCUGCAACGAGACCUCAGAUACCGUGUGCGUCCCCUGCGAGGACAGCACAUACACCCAGCUCUGGAACUGGCUCCCGGAGUGCCUGAGCUGUGGCUCCCGCUGUGGCUCCAACCAGGUGGAAACUCAAGCCUGUACUUUGAAACAGAACCGCAUCUGCACCUGCAGGCCGGGCUGGUACUGCAUGCUUCCAAGGCAGGAGGGCUGCCAGGUGUGCAUGCCGCUGCGCAAGUGCCACCCCGGCUUCGGUGUGGCCAAACCAGGAACUGCAACAUCGAAUGUGGUGUGCGCUCCCUGUGCCCCGGGGACAUUCUCUGACAGGACGUCAUCCACAGAUACUUGCAGGCCCCACCGGAAGUGUAGCUCAGUGGCCAUCCCUGGCAAUGCAAGCAUGGAUGCGGUCUGCACGUCUGGGGCCUCAGAGUCAGCCUCUGUGCCCCAGCCAGGGUCCACAAGAUCCCAACACACGGAGCCAACUCCAGGGCCCAGCACAGCUCCUAGCACCUCCCUCCUGCCCCCAGUGGUUCCAAGCCCCCCAGCUGAAGGGCUCAUCACUGGGAACAUCUCUAUUCCAAUCGGACUGAUCGUGGGUGUGACAGCCUUGGGUCUGCUGGUAAUAGGGCUGGUGAACUGUAUCAUCGUCACCCAGAAGAAAAAGAAGCGCUUCUGCCUGCAAGGAGAAGCCAAGGUGCCUCACCUGCCUGCUGAUAAGGCCGGAGGUGCUCCGGGCCCCGAGCAGCAGCACCUGCUGACGGCGGCGCAGAGCUCCAGCAGCAGCUCCCUGGAGAGCUCGGCCAGCGCAGCGGACAAGAGGGCGCCUGCCGGGGACCAGCUGCAGGCGCCAGGCACGCAGAAGGCCAGCGGGUCUGGGGAGGCCCGGGCCAGCUCCAGCAGCUCAGCAGAGCCUUCCCCUGGCGGCCACGGGACACAGGUCAACGUCACAUGCAUCGUGAAUGUUUGCAGCAGCUCUGGUCACGGCUCUCAGUGCCCCUCCCAGACCAGCUCCACGACGGGGGACACGGAUGCGAGCCCCUCAGGCUCCCCGAAGGACGAGCAGGUCCCCUUCUCCAAGGAGGAAUGCCCGUGUCAGUCCCCACCGGGGGCUCCAGAGACUCUGCAGCAGAACCCAGAGGAGAAGCCCCUGCCCCUUGGCGUGCCUGAUGCUGGGAUGAAAUCAUUAACCAGGCCGGCCUGGGACAUGUCACAGCCAAGGUGGGCCCAUCCCUGGUCCUUCUAGGCCCCACCCCCAGGACUCUGGCUCUUUCUGGGCCAAAUUCCUUUAGUGGCCUCCAGCCUCAGCCUUUCUCUCACCUGCAGGUGGAGGGAUGAGGCAGGGAGAGUCGUGGAAAACCUCUCCUGUCACAGUGUGCGUCCCUCUCAGAAGGCUAGCUGGACAGGGACUGCUGGGCAGCCCCGGGCGAGCCCUGCCUCUCUGAGAGCUGCCCCCCAGCCAGUCCUGCGAGCUUGGCUUCUGGAGCCCUUGUUUAGUCUUUCAUCCCUGGGUCUACUGGGGAGGAGGGACGCUGCGUGCGUGCGUCAUCCAUGGAGAAAGGGCAGUGCUUUAGCCUGGAUGCUGAGACUGCAAAUCGGUCCCAGCGGGGGUGGGGGUGUCAUCCAUCGGAUGGUUCUAUGCAAGGCAGGGGUGACAGCCCUUGUAGGGCGGUCCCCAAGUUACUCAGGACCCUUGAAAAGCACCACCUCCAAAUCCAUUCCUGCUAGUUCCACCUCUUGUAUCAUGGUGUGACAACCAGCUGCCCAGAGGGUCCAGGCAAGCAGCCUGAAUGCGUGCCCUGGUCUGGGCAAGAUAGCAAACCUCUAACUGAAAAUCUUCCAAUUUUAACAUGUGGCAAUUAAAUUUAAAAAAGUAAGCACCAUGCAGGCAAACAAGCCAACCACACAACAAAGCCAAACUCAGAGUUUGCAUCCUCUGCCUUUGACCUUUGUUUCAGGUCCCCCCAGCUCCAGCCCCUCCUCCCUGCUGUCUGGUGUGGGUUCCAAGGCCACACCUUCUCCUAUCAGGGAAUUUCGGGAACCAGAGAUGA